CGGCAGUCCGCCCGCGAGCCUACCCGGGGUCGCCCGCUCGCGAGUCUCGCCGUAUCAUGUAAACAUGCUCAUUUUAACACAAAACAUCAUUGGUUUUUAAACAAACAACAUUGGUUGCGCAAAACUGCAUUGGUUACGUUUUUCAAAAUUCGAACGGCGUUGAAUUAGUUAAAAUGUUGUAUUUCGUUCUAUAUUUAAAUCACAUUUAAAUAAUAAAACGUUUUUAAAUUGAAGUUUAAAAUAUAAACGUUGUUGCUGGUCAGAGAUUUUGUUCAAAAUGAAAACCACACAAAAUGAAUUUGAUACUUACCCACUGCAAACAAUAGCAGUAAAAUUAUAAAUUAACAUUACAAACUACAAAUAUCAGACAAUAAUAUCAUCAGUGAGAUUUUACUCUAGUGUUAUAGUUAUUAAUUAAUUAAUAAAGUUGAGUGUACCAUAACAUAAUUACAAUAUUUAAAAACUAAACUAAAAUUACAAUGCUUAGUGAAAAAGUUAGUCUCCGAUUGUAAGUAUCAUGUGGGUGUAAAGUGCAGUGGGUGUGAUGGUGAAGUGAGUGCUGGUAGUGGAGAUUGGUGGAGAUGGCGUGGCCAGGUGGAUCACCCGAUACCGUGGAUCUGCCACUAGCUGACGUCGGCAGUGUUGAGGAGAGACGGCGCCCCUCUAGACACAAUGAGGACGAGGCGACGACGUCCGGGGUGACGGACGGUGCGUCCGGCGACCUGCAGAACCGCGUCAUCUUCGUGAACCGCCCGCAGCCCCAGAAGUUCAUCUCCAACCGGAUCUCCACCGCCAAGUAUAGCGUACCAGCAUUCAUCCCGCUGUUCCUGUUUGAGCAGUUCAGGCGGUACUCGAACUGCUUCUUCUUGCUAAUCGCCUUGCUGCAACAGAUCCCCGACGUGUCGCCCACAGGCCGCUGGACGACCCUCACGCCGCUCAUACUCAUCCUCAGCGUCAGUGCCAUCAAGGAGAUCGUCGAGGACUUUAAACGCCAUAGAGCAGACGAUGAAACGAACAGACGGAAAGUUGAAGUGUUGCGGAACGGGCUAUGGCACACGGUUCGCUGGGAGAACAUGCAGGUUGGGGAUAUCUGCAAGGUGGUCAAUAAUCAGUUCUUUCCCGCUGAUUUGGUACUGCUGUCGUCAAGCGAACCGCAGGGCAUAUCGUUCAUCGAGACGUCCAACCUGGACGGGGAAACGAACCUGAAGAUCCGGCAGGCGCAGACGGACACGGCUCGCCUGGACAACACGGCGGCGCUGGCCGGAUUCCGCGCCACUGUGCAGUGCGAGCCGCCCAACCGGCACCUCUACGAGUUCAACGGCUUCCUUAAGGAGACUAAUUCCAAGACAAUCCCGCUGGGUUUGGACCAGAUGCUGCUACGCGGCGCCAUGCUGCGCAACACGGCAUACAUAUACGGCAUUGUCAUCUACACCGGACACGAGACCAAGCUAAUGAAGAACUCCACUAAAGCCCCACUAAAGCGGUCGUCGAUAGACAGACAGACGAACACACACAUCCUGAUGUUGUUCAUGAUCCUGUUACUGUUGUCGCUGCUCAGCGCCGCUUUCAACGAGCUGUGGCUGUCGCGGCGCACCAAGACCGACUGGUACAUUGGCCUUGACGAGGCGCAAAAUACACAUUUCGGAUUCAACUUUUUGACUUUUUUAAUAUUAUACAACAAUCUUAUACCCAUAUCGUUACAAGUUACUGCAGAAAUAGUUAGGUUUUUUCAAGCAAAGUUCAUAUCGAUGGACAGCGAGAUGUACCACGAGCCGACGGACACGCCUGCGCAGGCGCGCACCUCCAACCUGAACGAGGAACUCGGCAUGGUCAAGUACAUCUUCAGCGACAAGACUGGCACGCUCACCUGCAACAUUAUGGACUUCCAAAAGUGCUCUAUUGCUGAGGUGGUAUACAGCAAGCCAGGGCGCCACGAGCGUCUGGAAGACACGCUUCUGUACCAGAACUUACACAGGAACCACCCGACGGCACCCGUCAUAACGGAGUUCCUCACCAUGCUCGCUGUCUGUCACACAGUCAUACCGGAGAACAAGGACGGCAAGAUGAACUACCAUGCUGCUUCUCCAGAUGAACGCGCCUUAGUACUGGGUGCAGCGGAUUUCGGCUACGUGUUCGAGACGCGAACUCCUCAUACGGUGACCAUCCGCGCGUUCGGUGGCGAGAAACAGGAGUUUACCGUACUUAACGUCAUCGAGUUCACAUCUGCCAGGAAACGAAUGUCUGUCCUCGUUAGGACGCCUUCUGGUCAAAUCAAGUUGUACUGCAAAGGUGCGGACUCGGUGAUCUACCCGCGACUGUCGGGCGGGCCCAACAACGCGCGCUACGCCGACGCCACUCUCGCGCACUUAGAGAACUUCGCCACCGAGGGACUGCGCACGCUCGUCUUCGCGUACACUGACAUAUCUAAUGAGGCUUAUGAGGAAUGGUCAAACAUGUACCACAAAGCGAGCAUAGCGAUCCAGGACCGCGAACAGAAGAUCGAGGAAGCAGCACUUCUCAUAGAGAACAACCUGAAGCUACUCGGAGCUACAGCCAUUGAAGACAAACUACAGGACGGUGUGCCCGACACCAUAGCGGCGCUCCUAAAGGCCAGCAUCCACGUGUGGGUGCUGACGGGGGACAAGCAGGAGACCGCCAUCAACAUCGCGCACUCCGCGCGGCUCAUACACUCCGCCAUGCCGCUCAUACUGCUCAACGAGGACAGCCUCGAUGGCACAAGAGAAACAUUAUCAAGACACGUGGUAGACUUCGGCGACAACUUACGCAAGCAGAACGACGUCGGCUUGUUCAUAGACGGGAAGACACUCAAGUACGCGAUGGGGUGCGACUUGAAAAAGGAUUUCCUAGACCUGUGCAUCUCUUGCAAAGUCGUCGUGUGUUGUCGAGUCUCACCCAUACAGAAGGCAGAGGUGGUAGAAAUGGUAUCGGCGGCGACUGGCGCUGUGACGUUGGCGAUUGGAGACGGCGCCAACGACGUGGCCAUGAUACAGCGCGCGUCCGUGGGCGUCGGCAUCUCCGGAGUAGAGGGGUUGCAGGCUGUCUGCGCCUCCGACUACAGCAUCGCACAGUUCCGGUUCCUCCUCCGCCUAUUGCUGGUGCACGGCGCGUGGAACUACUCGCGCAUCAGCAAGCUGAUUCUAUACUCCUUCUACAAGAACAUCUGCCUCUACGUCAUCGAACUCUGGUUCGCCAUCUACUCCGCAUGGUCCGGUCAAAUCCUGUUCGAGAGAUGGACGAUAGGGUUCUACAACGUAAUAUUCACAGCACUACCGCCCUUUGCCAUCGGAUUGUUCGACAAACUGUGUUCGCCCGAGAUCAUGUUGAGGCACCCGAUCCUGUAUCUACCAUCGCAACAAGGUCUUCUAUUCAACGUGCGCGUGUUCUGGGUGUGGGCGGUCAACUCGCUGCUGCACUCCAUAUUGUUGUUCUGGCUGCCGGUACUGCUGACGUCACACCACGUGCUCUGGCCCAACGGACGAGACGGCGGCUACUUGGUGCUUGGCAACUUCGUUUACACGUACGUGGUGCUGACAGUGUGCCUGAAGGCAGGCCUGGCGACUCACUCGUGGACGUGGGUGACGCACGUGGCCAUCUGGGGCUCCGUCGCCAUGUGGUUCAUAUUCAUACUUAUCUACAGCAACAUAUUCCCAAUAGUCCUGAUCGGCGCGGUGAUGCGUGGCAUGGACCGCAUGGUGUUCUCCUCGCUCCUGUUCUGGUUGGGGCUGGUCCUCAUUCCCAUCGCCACCCUCAUACCGGACGUCAUCGUCACUGUCAUCCACAACUCUGCGUUCAAGUCGAUGACAGAGGCGGUGCGAGAGAGUGAGAUCAAGAAGCGCGAUCCUGCGGCACUGCUCGCACAGCCGAGACACUCCCUCACGGAGACGGCGCGCCUGCUACAGAACGUUCGCAGCGUGUUCAGCCGGCGCUCCGCCACGCGUGCGCAAAUGGAACUCGAGCUGUCGCAUGGGUUCGCGUUCUCGCAAGAGGAGGGCGGGAGCGUGUCGCAGACGGACGUCAUCCGCGCGUACGACACGAGCCAGCCGAGGCCGGCGCGCUCCUGAGCUGACGGCCGCCGCUGGCGCCGCCUCGUGUGCUGAGGCCGCGCGCUCCGCGACGGCACCACCGCCGGCGCGCACGCAUCUCGUACAAACCCUGCUAUCCCUACCGAGCAUCAUACCUCUGUUUCGGUUUAGUUAGCGUUUCACACAGUAUUUCUAUAUUUCACAAGUUAAUUUUGUAUUCAAUCUCAUGACGGGUAAGUGGAGCGGCGCAGCGAGUAUUCAAUACAGCUGUUUUGGAAGGAGUUGAAAUGUUUACGAUGUAAUCGGAAACAGGGAGUCUAUAAAUUGACAUUAGGUCAUUAUAAAACUAACAAAAGGAAACUUAGUGUAUACUUAUUCGUUUGCAAAUAAUUAUAUUAGCUUGUAAACUAUUUACACAAAGAGGUUGAAUUAGGUAAAAUCUGAAUCUAUAAUAAACUGUUCACUGCAUCAAUUUAUUAAAUUUAUAGAAAUCCUUUAAUUAGAGGGACAAUAUUGCUUCUCGUUCAAUCAGAUCUGUUAGUUGUUGAUAAUUUUAUUUAUUAGAAUGUUAUGUGACAAUCGGUUACAUUGCAGCGUUAAGUUUGAUUAGAUGUUCAAAUUGUCUUUAAUUAUAUUUGUGAGUACCUCACUUUUAAAAUAGUUAAGCUAAAACUUAGCGACCAACCUCGAAUUCAAUUAAAAGUACAUAAUAAUUUAUUUAAUUUAUUUUUAAAGACAAAGUGCGCUUUAACAGUGUUAUAAGUAAGUUUAGAUAGACUAACUAUUGUGUAGGUGUGAAUAUAUGUGGCCUAUUUAUUUAUUUAUCUCUAUAUUUUGCUACUUCAAGCAAGGUGUAAAUAGUACUGCAAUUACUAUCUAAAAAGUUACAAUAAAGUUUGUCAAAGAGAGUAGAAGUCGAACUUGUAUUGAUUGUCAUUAGUAAGAAAUGAUAUUUAAAUAUACCGUUACUGGUUCAAAUCUAGAAUGCCCAACAUUACGUCCCAAUUUCUGUGGCGCCCACUUUGGGUCUCGCCACAAACAGAAGUCCCACGUUGGGCGCCACUGUUAAAAUCUGUUUCUGCCUCGGUUUUGCAAAAAAAAUUGUUGUUCAAUUUAAUUUAACAUCUGGAUUAAUAUGCUAGUUCCUCUUAAUCUUCGUCAUAAUCGAGGAGACGAUUUAAAUGAAAUUAGAAUGUCGGCUCGAAACCGCCUUUUUAACUGUGACAAUAUCCAGCCCUUGCGGCACGGCAUCCGCGCCGCGCGCAUGCGAAUUAUAUCGAGGGCAUUGACCAAUAACCGUACGACGUCUAUAUACGGAGAUUUUCGCUGAUUCGCUGUGUCUAUUGGUCGGCGAGGUUGCCGUGCAGAGUCUGCUGCUUCAUUUCUAUUAACGGAUAUUCCAUGGCGCCGUUUACUAGCUCUCCUGUUUUUUAGGCUAUAUAAUUCAAUACGUUUAAAAGGGACUGUUGUAAAUAAAUAGGCCGGUGACAAAUGAGCUUCUCCAAAGGCGAUACAUACAUAAGGAACAGCGUGCAGCAACGAUGGCAAUAAUUACAUUACACCCAUAAAUAACUUCUACUCUUUUCUCCAAACUAGCUACUUAUUAUAUUAAUGUAAUUUAUAUUCAAACAAACGAAUAACACAAACAUAAUUCAACUGUGUGCGAAGUUGUCAUGAACACUAUGAAUUGUUAUAGAUAGGAUAUCUUAACUUUAAUGUGAAACGCUUAAUAUGAAUAAUCAAAUUGUUUUACUUGUUACUCUAAAUUGCAAUUUCUUCGAUAUAUUUUGUGUAUUUUUGAAAUCAUUCUAUUUAACACAGUUGCUACGUCCGUUAAUAUAACUUAUCGCUAUAGAACUUGAUAAUAUUUUUUAUUUUAUACUUAUAUAUAUACUACUUAUCUAAUAUUAGCUAUUAAUAAUAAAUAAUAAUUUACCUAUCAUGGGUGUAAAUCUUCAUCGAAUAAUCAUGUUGUAAUAACUCAAAAUGAUCUUAAUGCAAGUUUCGUAAUUUAUCUUAUAUUCCUAUGUUUGCGUAAAAUAUAGUUGGUUGAUGUUUCGGUUUUUCAAGAUUUUCUAUAAUUCACAAGAUAGGUAGAGAUAAAACUAAUAAUAUACAUCUUUACGUACAAUUUACACCUUGUUCAAUCUCUUCAGGUUAUUUAGCCGGUGUCUAAGCGCUAAGCUUGCUAUCAUGUCGCUUGAUGUGUACCUAUAUAUGUAGUCAAUACUCUGACCAAAACGUGUACGGGAAUUUAUACUUUACUGCAUAGAAAAUGUAUCCAAACUUUUAGGCCAUUAAAACUUAUACUAUUAAUGGAUAUCUUCUAACAUUGGGCACCUAGAGAGAUCUGCGGAUCGUAAAAGCAGCACGGAUUUUUUUUAUCCUCACGUAAUAGCAUAUUGGCACCAAAAAAUGUUAAAGAAAAGUUACCGUUAAAAUGUUUUGUAACCUACCUUUCGACUAUGGUUGUCUAUUUUCAAAGUAUUGCCUAUAAAGUAGUUUUUGAAACGUGAUGAAUACCUACAUUAUAUUAGUGAGUGCUGCAUCCUUCACUCAACAAAAAAUAUAAGUCAGCUUUACAUCAGUAACGUUUCAUCGGUAUAAAAUAUACUAUAUAUUUACAUAAUAACAAAAUGGAUUAUCUACUAUAAAUAUUUACUAAAUUAUUGUGAUAUAUAACUUGGUGAAGCUAAAAUUUUCAGAGUCUUUACAAAGGUCGAGUGCUAGUGAUUUUUUGGACGACUUGUAACUGAUAUUUAUCACAUUAUACCUCUAACAGUUUAUUACUGUUACUUGGAUAAGGUUAUUUUGGCGCGCGAGGCGAGUUGCCGUGACGACGGCGUGUACUUAACGUACCCAUGGCAUUUUUACUUGGUUAAUUGAUGUAAAUAAUCGAUGAAUGGUUUCCGCGGUAGAGCCAAGGUCGCCGCUAACACGUUCGCAUUGAACUUAUACAAAGAAUGAUUCAUUGGCGAUUUUUUUAUUAGAGCUAUUACAUCAUUUUGUAAACAAGUUGUGUCUAUACAAUACAAUCAUUGUCCUAAACAAUGAUGUUGAAGGAAAACUACGAACUGCAUUUAUCUUAUUUUCGGUCUCGUGUUCCACACUCCUUUGGUCCUAACACCCUUUAAUCCUAUAAAAUCUAAUUACUUAAGAAAUAAAGGGACCAAUUGAGGCUGUAUUGUAAAGUAACGAGUGUUAUGAUCUAUAUUACGUUACAAAGAGAAAAUUAGAUAGAAAAUUUUGACUCGGACGGGACUUGAACCCGCAGCUCCUAAAAGGCGGGACGAGCGUGUUAACCAUUACGCCACCGGGUAUCGUCAUUAAGCUGACGCCGGCGCCAUCUACCGAAUAUUGAGUAAGUACUAAUAUUUAGACCUGGGCCUAGUACUGUGGUUAACACGCUCGUCGCGGCUUGACGAGAGUCCGUGUCAGUUUUUUUUUUCGAUUUAAUUUUCUCUUUGUGAGUUUUUUUAAGCACAGGUGAGUGCUAAAAAUCAAAAAUCCUCUAUUACGUUGUUUUAAAGUCGAUUAUUCAGCAACUCUCCCCGCGCCGCCCCUUUUUGAAGUAAGCGAUGUGAAAUGUGAAUGUAACAGAAAAUAUAUUAUUUGUUCUCGUUCUUUA